CAAUCAACACAAACACCAAAAUUCCUAGCACAAAAUAAAAUUUGUUGUUAUUAUUUUCCUCUGUUUUUCUAUCUCCUCAAAUUUCAUUAAAAAAGAAGAUCCUGAUUUUGAGCUUUUUGGUGAUCAUUUUAAUCCAUUGAAUUUCUAAGCACCGAUUUUAUCGGAUUUACGAACAAAAUCAAGGAAAAAAGAAAAGGAAAUGAAGGAAAUUCCAGGAAACCCACUUCACCUAAAAUCUCUAAACCAUAUAUCUCUUCUUUGUCAUUCAAUUGAAGAAUCCAUUAGUUUUUAUCGAGAUGUUCUUGGCUUUUUCCCUAUUCGAAGGCCUGGUUCUUUUGAUUUUAAUGGAGCUUGGCUGUUUGGGUACGGAAUUGGGAUACACCUGUUACAAGCGCCAGAACCAGAGAAAUUGCCGAAAAAAACAGAAAUUAAUCCCAAGGAUAACCACAUUUCUUUCCAGUGUGAAAGCAUGGGAGCAGUGGAGAAGAAAUUGAAGGAGAUGGAAAUAAAACAUGUAAGAGCACGAGUCGAAGAAGGCGGUAUCUACGUUGAUCAACUCUUCUUUCAUGACCCGGAUGGUUUCAUGAUCGAGAUUUGCAACUGCGAUAACCUUCCCGUUAUUCCCAUAGGAGGAGAGCUCGUAAGAUCUUGUUCAAUCGUGAAGUUCGAGCUCUUGCAACAACAACAGCAGACGCCUAGUCCCGUGAUCCAGCAGUAGAUCGAUCGUAUUAUUGGGACCAAUGAAGGAAGAAAAUAAAAAUAUGGCACGUAUCGAUUGACCUAGGUCGAUUGAUACGUCAAUGUCGAAAAUGUGGACCAUUUUGGGUUCAUUUUGGUUAAGUUUAUAGGGAGAUCGAUGUUUGUGGUGUUAAUUAUGUAUCAAUGUAAAGAGGACUUUUACAAGUACAAGUAAAAAGCUUUUAUUUGCUCUAUAUGGGUUUUGUGGGUGUUAUAUUCUUGGGAGGGAUUACUUCUUUUGCCCCAAAAUUUGGGGGGGAAGAUCAGAAGUCACUGUUUUGUAAGAUCCCAAAAUGAAUGAAAUAUGUUGUUCUAGUGUUA